CUAUCCGAUCAAAUGAGAGAGAGGGUUUUAACUUUUGUCGACAGUGUUCAGUUUAGAAUGAGAAAAAGAGGGUCAAAUCGUUCUCUCGCUUAGUUACCAUUUCAAUUGAUCUGUAUACAAACAAGCUUGAUUGAUUUCUCUUGUUUGGGGUUCUUCCAACAUUAUUUCAAGAUCUGAUCUGAAUUAACUGAAGUAAAGAGCGAUAAUGGCAGAAGUAAGCCUGGGGAUCCUUAUAGAUAUAGUGGAUGAGGAAUGGAUGAGAGACACUCUGCCUGAUGAUGAUCUUCCUUUGCCACCGGUGCUGGUAUCACGGAAUGAUGACACUGAAGACUCAAAUCAGGAGCCACAAGUAGUUCAGGGGGAUACCUGGCGUGAUCUUGCAUUGGGAACCCAAUGAAGGUUUUGCAUCAAUGGUCACCAAGUCCAGUUUCUAUGAACAUUGUUAAAAAUGCAGAUUUUAACUACUUGGGUGUUGAGUUCAGAUAAAUGCUUAUUAUUAAACUUAUUCAAAACUAAUUUUGCUUUACAAAA